CACACGUGGCCAACCUUUCGCGUGUUUUAAUGCUUUUUCACUGCAGGUUCAUGUGUUGAGACCAACCUUAUAUGGACUGAUCGGACAAGCGGAUUGUCCGAAAAGCUGGUGCAGCAACUUUUCCCUGCAUAUUCCCCCCCCACCAGAAUAUGUCGUUGACCAACACAAAGACGGGCUUUUCUGUAAAGGACAUUUUGGACCUUCCUGACACAAAUGACGAAGAAGGAUCUAUCACCGGAGCGGAGGAAGACACGGAGGGAUCGGAGACCACGUCCACGACAAAAAACACUGGAGUUUUGGUGCAAAGUCCUCUAGAAAACGUUCAAAAUCUGCCUUUAAAGAACCCCUUUUAUGACAGUAGUGACAAUCCUUACACACGAUGGCUUGCUACUACGGACAGUAUUCAAUAUUCAUUGCACGGUCUAUCCGCCAGCUCUCAGGACUCGGCCAAGUCCCCGGAGCCGUCCGCGGACGACGAAUCGCCGGACAACGACAAGGAAACUUCCAGCAGCGGCGGCAGCGACUCCGGCAAGAAGCGGAAAAGGAGGGUGUUGUUUUCCAAGGCGCAGACCUACGAGCUGGAGCGCCGCUUCAGGCAGCAGAGGUACCUGUCAGCCCCGGAGAGGGAGCACCUGGCCAGCCUGAUCCGCCUCACCCCGACCCAAGUGAAGAUCUGGUUCCAGAACCACCGGUAUAAGAUGAAGAGAGCCCGGGCCGAGAAAGGUAUGGAAGUGACCCAUCUCCCUUCUCCCAGGCGGGUGGCCGUGCCCGUCUUAGUCAGGGAUGGAAAGCCUUGUCACACUCUUAAAGCUCAGGACUUGGCGGCCACUUUUCAGGCCGGGAUCCCCUUCUCGGCUUAUAGUGCCCAGUCACUCCAACACAUGCAGUAUAACGCGCAGUACAGCGCCGCGGCCACGCCACAGUUCCCCACAGCACAUCACUUGGUGCAAACGCAACAGUGGACUUGGUGAGAGAAAUUAUAGAGACUUGGCUUGGAGGCACGAUAGGGAGUUUCACCACAAAGCAAAGAAAAAAAAUAAAACACAAAAAACAAAAGACUUUUCAUUUUUGCAGCUUGACUCAUAUAUAUACUACCAUUUUUAUUCGGGGCUCAUGUGUGCGCCGUGUUUACAUGUUUUCGUUAAGAGAACUGGGUCCGAACCUCUCCCUUAUAGAUUUUAUUAAGAAUGUCAAUGCUCUUCUUGUGAAAAUUUUUUUGUAAAGUAUGUUGUGUGUUGGUUGUAGAGAUGUUUUCCUCUUUAUUUUUUUUUCUUUUGUCCCUUCGUGUUAUUAUCAGCACGUACGAACCACUUUAUAAUUAUAGAAAUUUUAAUUUCUUGCUUCUUUUAUGGACCGAAAAAAAUAUUUAUGGCCAUGAAUAAACACUGGCAACUUUGCAGCUAUUUUCCCUUUUGU